GUAAAACAUAUUUGAGACCUGCAGUUCCCACGUGUUUCAGCCAUACUCCUAACGUGUGCCUUAGUCAAUUAAUUGAUUUAAUUCCGAAUCUCAGGUUCUGUCUUCAAGGCGCGUUUCGUAUGAUUUUCUUUUCUCUCCUUUUUUUUUUUGUGUGUAAUUUUAAAUUAUUUUCCUCCGGAAAUUCCCAAGCGUCUGUUCGUAUUUAAGAGCUCUGAAGUAGUCAUGGAGCUUUGAAUUUGGUAGGUCGUUAUUAGAGAAGAGAAGUAAAUUGAGACGCUGUUGUUCAUCCGUAUUUCCGUCUUAGUUUCUUCCUUCUGAAUUCCAUUCCCUGAUUUUUCAUCAUAAUCUUACUGAUUGAUCGCAGCUGAGGAACCCUGUAAGUACACCUUUUCCCUUAAAUCUUGCUUCAUUCUUCAAUCUCAAGUUAAAUUGCUAUCAUCAUUAGUUGAUUUGGCUUUGUUUUACACCUUCAUAGUGAUCGUGUUCCAUAUUUCUGCGUUUUCUGGGUGCUGAUUUUAUACAUUCUACAUUUGAUUGUUUCUUGUAUGUGAUAUGGCGUAGUAUAUUUUUCCAAGUGCAACUUUAUCUAUAUGAGUUUAUAGUAUGUUUUUCUUUGUUUGCAAAUUAGACUGAUUCAUUUGUUUUAAACUUAAAUGAGAAAGUAGUUACGGAGCUAUGUCCUCUAUGUACAGCUUACCAAUACAGUAGGGUAACUGCUUUGUUGUUGUUGAAGAUUUGCUCAACAUCAGUGAUUUAGUCAUUAAGCUGUAGUAUGGUAACCAGAUUGUGGGGGUAUGCUAUGUUGUUCGCUUUGCUCACGCCGGGGAGAGUGUCACAUAAGAUGGACUCCUUGAGUAUCUUUUCCUUCUUAGUUCACGUUAACUGAAGGUUAGGCAACAAGAUUGGAAGUGUUAAGAAGAUCCUCUUCGAGCUCAUGCUAAAUGUGAGUCCAAUUCAUUCUUUAAGGUAUGGAAAUUAAGUCGAGUACCGAUAGUUGUAGUUGUUGGGGAACCUGUCUGUAUGAGGUGGGCGGUCUGGAUUUCGGCUAGGCCAUCCCUUGCUGGGUAUUAGUAUUGCUCUUCUUUUUACUUACUGCUAAGCCUGCAGAGUUGGAAAAUCUUUCAUAUCGUUCAAGCAUAAGUAUAUUCAGCUCAUACUUGCUGUCAGUUUCCCUACCUUAUAAACCGUUCUAUCUUACAAUUUGGCUGGGUAGUAGUCUCAACUUUUGCCUGUGGAUUUACAGAUUCGCCGAGCAUGGAUCGGGGACAGCUUACAUUUAUGGGAUCUACUGUUUGUGUUAUGCUCACCUUGCAUUUCACAAUACAACUUCUUACUCAGCACUUUAUGUCCUGGAAGAAACCAAAGGAGCAAAAAGCCAUAGUUAUUAUCAUAUUAAUGGCUCCCAUAUAUGCCCUUGACUCCUAUGUUGGCUUAUUAGAUCUUCUUGGAAGCAAACCCUUUUUCACUUUCUUGGAAUCUAUCAAAGAAUGCUAUGAAGCCUUGGUUAUGGCCAAGUUUUUGGGUUUGAUGUACACGUACUUGAACAUAUCCAUAAGCAAAAACAUCGUGCCAGAUGAGGUUAAAGGAAGAGAAAUCCACCACUCCUUCCCCAUGACCCUUUUCAUGCCCCAUAGUGUCAAAUUGGACCAUAAGUCACUGAAGCAGCUGAAGAGUUGGACGUGGCAGUUUGUUUGGAUACGCCCUGUUUGCUCCAUCUUAAUGAUUGGCCUUCAGAUUCUGGGAUUAUAUCCUGAUUGGAUCAGCUGGAUCUUCACCAUCAUAUUGAAUAUAUCUGUUUCGCUUGCGCUGUACUCCCUUGUGCUUUUCUACCAUGUCUUUGCGAAGGAGUUGGCACCACACAAUCCACUUUCAAAGUUUUUAUGCAUCAAGGGAAUUGUUUUCUUCUCCUUCUGGCAGGUAAAUGACUCAUAUAUGUGACUGUUGUGGUAACUUUAUUUAAAAAAGCAGAAUGAAUGAAAUCUAGCUGCAGAGAGAUCUUGAGGCUAAGAUUACAGUCGUGAUGUUAUCUUUCCGUAAGUAAACUGAUCCUCUGGAAUGAGUAGCUUAUGAGAAGUUACUGGGGCAGCUCCUAGAUUCAGUAACUAUUUUGUGUGAGAUGUCGAUUAAUCGAGUUACACUGUCAAUUUUGAUGUCGUUCUCAAGUGUAAAUCACGGGGCAACUUAUCAUAUGAAGUAUAUUAUGUCAUUGGAAAUUCAGGCUGUUGUAGAAUUUGGCUGAGAUUUACUGAAGUUUUGACUGUAUGUUGAUCUGUGAAUGUAAUAUAUAGCACAGUCCUUUUGGAAGUUCUCAACUAUUCAUUAACCAACCGCCUAAUAAUGUUUACCAUUUUGCAGAGUAUAGUGCUGAGUGCUCUGGUGUCAUUGGGCGUAAUCAAGUCUAAUUAUUUCUGGCUGGAUGUGGAGCAUCUUCAGGAAGCUCUUCAGAACGUGCUGAUCAUCAUAGAGAUGGUUUUCUUCUCCAUCUUGCAGCAGCAUGCUUAUAGUGCCGAACCUUACCGCACUGCUUCACUUUCAGCUCCAGGAUCUAGUGAGAAAAAGAAUGAGUAGAUAAGAACAAUUUUGAAUUUAAUUUUGGACAUUGUAGAAUGUGUGCUCUGGGGAAAAACUACACCUCUUGUAAGCUUUAGACCUUAUUACUUCUUUUCUUUCUUGGAAUACGGUCACCAUAGGAAAUUAAUUGGAAUAAUUACAGGAGAUGUAUUAUUUACUAAAUGUUAUUGCCGUUAUAUACAUUUUAUCCGGGACUAUCUCGUGGUAAAUAAAGUGCAACAGGAUUUCCUUAUUGUGGUGAAGAGCAAGAAGCUUUGAUCAAGAAAAUGGAGUUGAUUUUCAUGCUUUAUUUACUUGCCAAUUCACCAGAAGAAGAAAAAGUAGAUUUAACAGAAUAGGACUUCCAUGAGAAGUUUAUAUACGUUGUUGGUUUGAAGUUUGCCUUGCUGUUUGGUCAUGACCUCACGGGUUCCAGGUGAAAGAUAAGUGAAAGGAGUGUGAGGUUCCAGGUGGAAUGAAAAGUGAAAAGAAACACAUUUGAUACUCACUCCAUAGACGUCUGGUUUUAGUCUUUUACAUUUUCAAUAGAUGUUCUCUCGAUACUAAAAUGAUUAUCUUUUACAUUAUUACAAAUCAUGUAUUUAUUAUAUGACUACAUUACGAUUCACGAUUCUGGGGUUGUCUCAAAGACUAAUAUGUGCAUAUAAGUUUUGAUUCGAGACAUUACCACCUUAUCAUUUAGAGAGGUGUGUAAGAAUUUAAACAUUUAUUACGUAUGAGAGAAAUUCUCUUACUCGUUUUUAUGAUAAAUUUUGAUGUUCUUC